AUGUCCCCACGGGCGCCUCACUUCGCCGCCGACCGCGUGGGCCCGCCAGGCCCAGCGCCGGCCCUCCCCGCCGCCAACCGGGUCAAGCCCCCGCGCGCCUCCUCGCCUCUCCUCCUCCCCCGUGCCGCCGCCCGCCGACACCGUGCCCCGCCGCCCACCGACGCCGGCGACCCCGCUGCCUCGCUCUUUGCCGGUCGCCGCCGCCCGUCCCCUCCCCCUCGCCGCUCGUCGCCGCGGUGGACGCAUCUCCUUCCCGGCAUCGUCCCGAGCUCCGGCCAGCCGCCCCUCUCCCUCUGGCAAGAGCCGACGCAAUGCUCCCGAACCGGCACAACGGAGAAUAAAAACGCCGCCGCACCUCAUCCCAAACUUUCCCGAUCCCACCGCUGGUCGGCCCUGCCUAGCGCACCGCCCCGCCCUGCCCAGCGCGCCGCCCGCCCGCCUGCCCCGACGCGCCGCCGCCCGUGUACCUUCCCCAGCGCGCCGCCGCCCCGCCUUCCCCAGCGCGCUGCCGCCCCGCCUUCCACAAGUGCCGUUGACCUACCUUCCUCAGCCUGCUUCCUCCCGGCCUUGCCCGGCUCCCGGCGAUGCGCCCAACGCUUCCUCCCAGCUCCGCCCUGCAUCGGCGAGGUGCGCCGCCGUGUACGCAUCCUCCAGCUCCACCCCAUCGCCGCAGUCCAACGUCUUCAGUUGCUGUCGUUGGCCAGCGCCGCGCGAUGUAAGGUUGAUCCCAACCUGUUGCAGAUGCCCGUCGCAGCCAUGUCCUAUGACGCUGCCGACGGCCACCUCCCGCGACGAGCUGGCUCCGAUCCCACGGCUAUGGCGGCCUCCUCUGCAGACGAGUUGGCUCCGGUCGUGCUCGAGGCCGUCGUCUCUUAUGGCUGGGGAAGCAAACAGAGGCUUGAACGCAGUCGCGUCUACCUCCCAGGUUGCCUGCUCCGCAAGCGUCUCGAACUGCAUGAGUUCGCCAUAUUCUGCUCCCUCGGCGUAUUGCUGCUGGAGCUGGUGUCCGUGCAACAGCCUGCGUAAGGGACUCCUUCCUCGUUGACACGGGCGAAGGCGCUGCAGUGCAUGACCAAGGACCGCGCGGCGCGGCCUAACAUGUCCUCGGUCGCCGUCAAGGUCUAAAAGCUCUUCCUGGAGGUGCAGGACUGUGCCAACAAAGUUCCACAUCCCCGCUGACAUGUCCAUCUCCAUGGCACAGAUGAAUUCAAUUUAAUUGCUUGCUGGAGAAUGUGUCGUUGCUCGUCGUAGGAUUCGAAAGUGAAAUGGAAUUGUUGGUAGAUAAGUUGAUUACCUCUGCCUUGGCCAUCACAUGUUUGUGAUGCUAAACAACAGGUGAGUGCUGCUCAACACAUGUAGGAUGUAACGCCUACCACUACCAGGAAGCUUCGGCGCCCUGCUGCUAGCACAUGAGGCGCUCGUGAGCAAAUCCUGGUGCUCUGACUACAAAAUUGAUUGUUUUUGUCUGAGAGGUUGCUCUAGAACUGGAGUAGUAUACUUUAAAAUUCAUACAACUGAAUGCUACUUCAAAUUUCAGCUAACUGAAAGCUCGGGGGGACUGGAAGCUGAAGGCUAGAAGUUCGAAGAAGACUUUCAUAAAAGUUCAAAAUCAAGAAAGAGCAUUACAAAAGUAAUUAUUAAAUAAAAAUUAGUGUGUUGGCGCGUGCGUGCUGGGUUUGGUGUCUCUCUCUCUCUCUCGUGUGUGUGCGUCCACGCGCGUGUGUGUGAGACAAAAAAAUAUAUGUGUUGGUUGGUUUCCCCAACUAGUUGCUCUCUGACA